AUCCUGAGUAACAAAGUGACAGCUGGUCAAACAUGAAACACACAAAGACUCGAAUUGAGUCAUGACUUAUUAUCACAUAUAGGAAAUAACUUUCACUUCGUUUCUCAAUCAAAGUUCAAAGAGUAUUUUUCAAAACGCGCGAAAUUUGAAUUAAAAAGGAACAAGAAGUUUAGCUGUAUUAUUAUUAUAAUACAGCUUCACCAAUAUUGUGUAUAUUAGUACUAUAGAAAUAUAUAUACCAAUAUGUUGAUUGAAGAAUGUGAAUCUAUUUUCCAAUGGCAUCCAGAAAUUAUACUUACUUCGACUUCGCCAGUUACAUGGCAAGGCCUUCUAAUGAUCACAAUCCCUUCGAAUGCAAUAGAAAAACAAAAAGUUAAACUGAAAUUAAUUUUACCAAAUUAUCCACUGAUACACGAUGCAGUGCUUAAUUUUGGUAAGAGCUAUGCUUUUUUACAAAAACGAACAUUUAUUACAAGUGUAAAUGAUUUAAUUCAAAAAUCUUCUUCAGUAUCAUCUUUUUUGAGAUUACUGCAAUCACUUAUUAGUGAAACUAUCGAUAAAUUAAACGAAGAAUAUAAUGUACCAAUUGAUCAAUCACCUACUGCCAUACUUCAAGAUCUAAAAGAUAUCUUUGAAUCUAAAUCUGGCAUUACGUUAUCAUCUAAUAGUUCCUUAGAUACAAUCAAAUUAUCAUUGAAAAACAUUCAUAUUGUAUUGAAAAGAACUAAUGAUAAUAUCAAUCCAUGGAAUGUUAUAUCCAAUGAUUUACCGGAGAUAUCUGCAUUAGGAUCUUUUAAUCAAAAAAUAUCUUCUCUAACUAUUAUAAAAGAUAAAUUUAAACAACAAGUAGAUAGAUUUGAUGCCUUAUGGAAAGUCUUGUCAGAAAUUGAUAAAAAUUGCUGUGUACUAGAUCCAAUUCCUACAAAACCGAAUCACUUAUAUAGGCGUAUUUACUUAUCACAAUCAUUAUCUAUAUUAAUUACAAUAGAUCCCUUAAAUCCUACUUCCCCUCCAAAUCUUAAAUUUUUAGGCAGUGAUGUUGAUGUACAAAGACAAAAAGAUAUUAUUUCAAAGAACAUGCAUAUCUGGAACUCAGAAAAAAGUAUAUUACAGAAUUUACUCAUUUUGUUAGAUAUAUCUGAAUUUCCUUCCCAAAAAGAACAAAGUGAUAGCAUCGAUGAUCAAAAUUGUAUGUUUAUGAAUGAAGAAUGUUGUAUUUGCUUUUCUUUAGAAUCAGAUACGGAACAAUUUCCAAAUAAAAUUUGCGAUAAUAUUAAAUGCAGAAGACAUUUUCAUACAAAAUGUUUGCUACAAUGGUUACAAGCAGUAGCUGGGAACCAGGUUGCAUUUGAUCACAUACAUGGUUCCUGUCCUCAUUGUGAAGAAAAUAUAUCCUGUCCUAUUAAUUAAUUUUAUAAUUGAUCAAAGUGUUAAUUUAAAUAAUAAAUACAAAUCUUAUUUUCUCUAAAUACAUGCAUAUGGAAAUAAUUAUUUUCUUUUGACCAUUGUAAGAUUAAAAACGUAGUCUCUAUUAGGAUUACGCGUGAAUAGAAAUGAAUAGAAACAUUACAUUAUCAUUAGAUUUAAAAUACACGAUUUCUAUAACUAUAUUUGACGUUAGUUUAUACUUUCUUUUGAAUUUAAAUUUCACUUAUAAUCUAUUAUGUAUAUAUGUCCUUAGAAAUGUCAUAUAUAUGUCACAUAAAUAUAUAUACAUAUAAUAUAAAAUAUCAUUUUGAAUUAAACCCCCCUAGGACUACAUUGUACUCAAAUUAAUCAAUAAUAUAUAAUUGUUGCGUCAUAAUGAAAAUAAAAAUUCUAUAUUUGUUAAUGUGUAUUAAGUUCUUAUUAGUGCUAUCAACGAUCGCAGAUGAGAAAGAAAUAAUAGUGAAAUUUGAAAAACCACCUUUUAGAACUGAUCCAUUUACAAAUGCCCUGCUUAAAAUACAAUCAUAUGAAGAUUUAUGUAGAAAAUGGUUUGUAAAUCGUAAACAAAAUCAUGCAAAAUUUCUUAAACGUUUUAACGAAGAAGAUAACUAUGAUCAUAAGAUUAUAAUAAUCAUAGACUUUACUGAAUAUAUAGUAAAAGAUAUUGAAAACAGUGUAACAUUAUUAGAUAAUACGAAAUCUUAUUUUAUGAAAAGCAAUGGAACCCUAGCACGGAGAGAUUCUAUUUUAAGGAGUAAGUUAUAUUGACACAUAAAUUAUAUUAAAAUUUGAGAACAUUUUGGGAAAGAUAAAUAUUUUAAAAUACAUUACUCAUAUUAAGUACUGCUUAUCAGUUUUGUUAAUUUUAUAGGCUUAUAUCUGGUAUCUCAGCAAGUUAUCGCUUUUCAAAAGCUUAUUCGUGAUUUAUCACAUAUAAGCACAGGAGAUGCGGUACUUCAGGAUAAAUGGAAUCAAACGAUUGUAUUGUCUUUGCAAUACACUAAUUUGAUGAAAGAUACGGUGGAUAAAAGUAUUAUUGAUACUCUCGUUUCAACUAAAGACAAAAUAAUGGAAACAAGAUCUAUAAUGGAAUUAAAUAAAAGAAAUUUUGAUCCGAAUAUAAUGAAAUGUGAAUUGUGAACAUUUUUUGUGAUAAUUUAAACAAAAUAGAAACUAUCCGAGAGAGAGAAAAAGAUAUUAUAUUAAUUUAAAUAAAUCGAUUCAGAAGA